UUGAAUUUUUUAUUAAAAUAAUGAAAUUACUAAUAUUUAUUGUAACCUCGUGGACGACAUUGGCAUUUGCUAGAGAUUGGUGGGAAUAUGGCAACUAUUACCAAGUUUAUCCUCGAUCGUUUCGUGACAGUGAUGGUGAUAGAAUCGGCGAUCUGAAUGGUGUUACGGAAAAAUUAUAAUAUCUUAAGGACAUUGGUUUUACAGCUAUUUGGCUGUCACCCAUUUUCAAAUCGCCAAUGGUGGAUUUUGGUUAUGAUAUUUCCGAUUUUUAUGCCAUUCAUCCUGAAUAUGGAACAAUGGAUGAUUUUAAAAAUUUAUUAAAGAAGUCAAAAGAAAUAGGUAUGCGUGUAAUUUUAGAUUUUGUACCAAAUCAUACCAGUGAUGAAUGUGAAUGGUUCCAAAAGUCAGUAAAUCGUGAAGAAGGCUAUGAGGACUUUUAUGUCUGGCACAAUGGAACAGUAGACGAAAAUGGAAAUAGACAACCGCCCAGUAAUUGGAAAAGUGCUUUUCGUUACAGCGCUUGGGAGUGGAAUGAGCAAAGACAGCAAUACUACUUUCAUCAAUUUUCCAUCAAGCAAGCUGAUUUAAAUUAUCGCAAUCCAUUAGUGGUAGAAAAAAUGAAAGAGGUGAUGCGUUACUGGUUAGAUUUAGGAAUAUCCGGAUUUCGUAUUGACGCACUCCCCUUUAUGUUUGAGAAGGGGCCCGAUGAGAAUGGCAACUUUCUUGAUGAACCAGUUAUUGAUGACGUUAGUGCAUGUCCUGAUCCCGAAGAUUGGUGUCAUUUAAAUCAUACCUAUACCCAAAAUCAACCCGAAUCCAUAGAAAUGGUCUACCAAUGGCGUGAGCUGACAACACAAUAUAAAAAGGAUCACGGUGGUGAAACUCGCUUACUGCUUACUGAGGCAUAUACAACAUUCGAAAACUUAAUGCUGUAUUACGGAGAUGGCACACGUAAUGGAUCUAUGAUUCCAUUUAAUUUUUAUUUUAUGCAAAACAUUUUGAAAACAACAACGGCUGCAGAAAUCAAGGAUAUUAUUACCAGGUGGCUUGAUACCAUGCCCAAAGACGUGUUAGCCAAUUGGCUGUUGGGAAAUCAUGACAAUCCUCGUUAUUCCACACGCUUGGGUGAAGGACGUAUGGAUCUAUUCACAAUUCUUAUACAAACGUUACCUGGAAAUGCUGUUACUUAUUAUGGAGAGGAAAUUGGUAUGGUUAAUGGAAAGGUAACAUGGGAGGAAACUGUCGAUACCCAGGGUUGUAAUGCUAGUCCCGAAACAUAUGAAAGUUAUUCCCGAGAUCCAGAAAGAACGCCAUAUCAAUGGGAUGCUUCAAACAAGGCAGGAUUUACCAGAGGUGAUCAUACAUGGCUUCCAGUUGCUUCCGAUUAUAUACACAACAAUGCUCUCAGUCAACUGCGAGCUCCCCGCAGUCAUUUGCUACUUUUCAAAAAAUUAAUUAAAUUACGUCAAGAACCCUCAAUGCGAGAAGGGGCACUUAAUAUACAAGCAAUACUUGAUGAUAUUCUUAUCUACUCACGCUACACAAGCGGUAGUGAUAUGUACGUUAUUGUUUUGAAUCUGGGCAACAAGACACAAACAUUCAAUAUUAAUAAUUAUUUUAAUAUUGGAAAUGAAGCUGAAGUUAUAUGCUCUUCAAUGCAAUCAAAAUAUAUUGAUGGGCAAAUCAUUGAUUCGACCAAAUUUGAAGCGGAACCAGAAGUUGGAAUAGUUUUAGUAAAUAAAUAAAAAAAUGAAUUAUGUAAAUGUAAUAAAAGUCAUUUGAAAAAUGAACAUUUUGUAGCAUUUUGGACAAAUAAAGAAAAAAUAUAUAUAAAUAUUCAUUUAGCAAAC